AUGGCGUGUGGCAGAAAGAGAGUCACCAUCCAGCUGGUGAACCAGGAGGCAGGGCCUGGAACCAAGGGCCCAAAGCCCUCUCGGGGCCAGAACUACAAAGCAAUCCAAGCAGCCUGCCUGGAUGAGGGGAUCCUGUUCCGAGAUCCUAUUUCCCUGCUGGCCCUGAUGCCCUACUUCCCUGCUGGCCCUGAUGCCCUUGGCUAUGACCAGCUGGGACCCGACUCGGAGAAGGCCAAAGGGGUGGAAUGGAAGACGCCCCAUGAGUUUUGCGCUAAGCCCCAGUUCAUCUGUGAGGACAUGAGUGGAACAGACAUGUGUCAGGGGAGUCUAGGUAACAGCUGGUUUCUUGCAGCCGCUGCCUCCAUCACUCUGUACCCAUGACUCCUGUCCCAGGUGGUCUCCCCGGGACAGGGCUUCCAAGAGGGCUACGCAGGCGUCUUCCACUUCCAGCUCUGGUAGUUUGGCUGCUGGGUGGACGUCGUGGUGGACGACAGGCUGCCUGUGCGUGAGGGGAAGCUGAUGUUCGUGCGCUCGGAUCAGAGGAACGAGUUCUGGGACCCACUCCUGGAAAACACCCCACCCGAGACCUGCUUCCACAGGCUCCAUGGCUCCUACGGGGUGAUGCGAGGCGGCCACAUGAAUGAGGCUUUCGUGGACUUCACAGGCGGUGUGGGCGAGGUGCUCUACCUGAGGCAGGACACUCCAGGCCUCUUCUCUACCCUGCGCCAUGCCCUGGCCGAGGGGUCCCUCGUGGGAGCCGCUGCCCUGAGUGAUCGGGGCGAGUACCGUACAGAAGACGGGCUGGUGAAGGGACAUGCAUAUUCAGUCACAGGCACACACAAGGUGUCACGGGGCUUCACCAACGUGCGUCUGCUGCGGCUGCGGAGCCCACAGGGCCGAGUGGAGUGGCCUGGGGCCUGGAGUGAUAGAUGCCCAUGCUGGGACGUGCUCCCCGCUGAGUGGCGAGAUGCCUUGCUGGUGAAAAAGGAGGAUGGUGAGUUCUGGAUGGAGCUGCAGGACUUCCUCUGCCACUUCGCCACCAUCCAGGUCUGCUCGCUGAGCCCUGAGGUGCUGGUCCGCAGCCCGGCUGGAGGCGGCAGGCACAUCCACACCUUCCAAGGCCGCUGGGUACGCGGCUUCAACUCUGGCCGGGGCCAGCCUCGUGCCAAAACCUUCUGGACUCACCCCCAGUUCUGGCUGACGCUGCUGGAGCCUGAGGAGGAGGACGAGGGGCCCUGGGAGGGCUGGGGGGCAGCAGGGGCACAGGGCCCCACUGGAGGGCGCACCCCCAAAUGCACUGUGCUUCUGUCACCCAUCCAGCGCAACCGGCGGCCCCUGAGGGCCCAGGGCCUCACAUACCUGACUGUGGGCUUCCACGUGCUCCAGAUCCCAGAGGAGCUGCUGGGACUGUGGGACUCCCCGCGCAGUCGCGCGCUCUUGCGGGGCCUGCUGCGCGCCGACCGCUCGCCCUUCUGUGCCCGCCACGACGUGAGCCACCGCUGCCGCCUGCGCCCCGGCCACUAUCUGGUGGUACCCAGCCGCGCCGCCCGCGCCGCCGACGAGGUCGACUUCACGCUGCGCGUGUUCUCCGAGCGUCGCCACACCGCAGUGGAGGUAGAUGAUGUGAUCAGCGCCGACCUGCGUGCCCUCAUGGUCCCCUACAUUCCCCUGGAGCUAGAGAUGCAGCAGCUGUUUCAGGAGCUGGCAGGAGAGGAGGAAGAACUCAGUACCCCUCAGCUCCAGACCUUAUUAAGCAUUGCCCUGGAGCCUGCCAGGGCCCAUGCACGGACUCCCAGAGAAAUCGGGCUCAGGACCUGGGAGCAGCUGCUGCAGCGUUUUGGGCAUGGGCGAAGCCUCGACCUGUACCACUUCCAGCAGCUCUGGGGCCACCUCCUGGAGUGGCAGGCCACAUUUGACAAGUUCGGUGAGGACGCCUCCGGAACCAUGAACUCCUAUGAACUGAGGCUGGCCCUGAACGCAGCUCAGAGGCGGCCUCCCCCGGGCUUCCACCUGAACAACCAGCUGACCCAGGCCCUCACUAGCUGCUACCGGGACAGCCGUCUGCGCGUGGACUUCAAGCACUUGGCGUCCUGCGUGGCCCAGCUCAUCUGCCUCUUCCGCCACUGCAGCCAGCACCUGGAUGGGGGCGAGGGGGUCGUCUGCCUGACCCACAGACAGUGGAUGGAGGUGGCCAUCUUCUAG